AGACCAAACGAAUUCCCCUGCUGCGGCAUCACCGAACAAGAAUCAAUCGGAGAACUAUAACCACCGCAUCACAAACAUACCGUGAGCUCCCAACAUGCCACCACCGAACGAUUCCCACAUCGGCACCGAACUACCGGCCAGGAAAAAGGCCAAGACCGACACCGAUGCCGGCAGCAAGGUCAGACAACAAUCCUCCCUCUUGAAUUUCUUUUCGUCGUCCCCCGCGAAGGCCGCACCGAAACCAAAAACAGUCAGCGUUCGCGACGCGAGCAAGCCUCCAAAACCCAUUCCCGAUGCAGCACCUCCGUCUACCAAAAACGCCGGCGGCGAAUCGGCAACAGAGGCGACCGAGACCUCCCGGCCAUCCACCAGCGGUCCCAAAGCACCUGCCAACCACCGCGGAAGCGAUUCGGUGGAGGCGAUCGUCCCCAAGCAGGUUCCGGCGUCGGCCGCCACCUGGGACUCCCUCCACGACAAGUUCGUCCUCGUGCGGCGGCCGCGGCUGCGAUCCAGGGCGAGCGGUGCCGACCCAAGCACCCCCCGGACGAGGGUGGCUGCCUUCGAUCUCGACGGAACGCUCCUGAACUGGGCGAGCGAGACCCCGGGGUUCUGGCCCAGCCAGCUCCACCACUAUGAGUUGUGGAACUCGACCGUCGUUGACAGGAUGCGGCAGUUGUACGACCGAGAGAACCAUCUCCUGAUCAUCGUCACCAACCAGGGGGGAAUCCAGGGAGCCCACACUGGGAAAAAGGCUACCCUCCUAAAAUCCCUAAUCGAUUGGUUGGAAUCUCUCGUGGAGCGCCCGCUGGUCGUUGUGUCGAGCACGAAAUCCCUAAAGAAAUACAAGGAACGGUCCUUUCACAAACCGACACCGAAGCUGUGGACGAAGGUACUGGUGCCCUAUUUCGGGAAGAAGUCCGCGAGGUUCGACCGGUCGGCAAGCUUCUUUGUGGGCGAUUCGGCCGACGAGGACGAUGCGCAGGGGGGCGUCGACAAGAAAUUCGCCAGCAGCGUGGGGCUGGGUGCCUUUUACACCCCCGAGGAAUAUUUUGGUGCGAGCCACCGCGACCUGAGGGAAAAGCGGGCGCAACUCGGUGGCCGGGACGAGGGCGUGGUCCCGGAAACCCCGGCAUCUGCCCUCGAAGCACGAAAGGCUCUGCUGGGCGGCUAUUUGAACCCGAUCGAAGGAAACGAACAACGGGAACAAAACAAAAAGCCCAUAUUGCUCAUCCUUACGGGUAUACAGGGGUCGGGAAAGAGCACGUUUUGCCGCCGUGUCUUGUUUGGAAGAAACAUGGAUAGCAACGACGAGAGCGGAGACGAAAAAAACGGUUGGGUGUGGCUGAGCCAGGACACCAUCAACAACGGAAAGCCCGGGAAGCGUGAAAAAGUCGAGGAACAAGCCCGCGAGGCGCUUCGAAAGGGCUUCUCUGUCCUCCUCGAUCGCAUGCACCUGGACGCCGAAGAACGCGGGACCAUGAUCAACAACGUCGUUCUAGGACACGAAGAUCUAAAAUCUCGCGUCCGCAUCCACAGCGUGGUCCUCAAUCCGUCCAGAGACGUUGUCGCUCGCCGUGUCAAGAACCGCACCAAUCAUCCGGGAAAAGUCGAGGGUGACGCGGGCGUGCGGAUCGCCCUGGGUUCGAUGGGCCGUCUCGCGAUGCCCACCUACACGGAAGCCUCAGAGGAAGGGAAAGGUCCAUUCGAGCUCAUCAGUGUCGCAUCGUCCGAGCAUGCUACGGUACAGUUGGCACUUCGCUACCACUAUACCGCCGGAGGUACCGGUGAGAGCAAAUCUCGUUUUUCCGGAUUCCAAUCGGCGGAGAGGGUGCCGCUCCCGAUAUCGUCCCCGAAUUCAAACAUUCCAUCGAUCCCAAGUCUUUCGCUAGGGACCAUGAACAUGGGGAGACGAACGUGCACCGAAACGGUCCAACUAAUGCUGGCGUCUGGUUUUCGCUCGAUCGAUACGGCUCCGACCUAUAAGAACGAAGACAAGGUUGGAGAAGCGUUGAGAGGCAGCGGCCUAAGCGACGAUGUUUUUGUCAUUGCCAAGGUACCGAAACGAGCCACCGACGCCGAGCAAGUCCGGGAAGAAUUCGAGAAGACGCUUCGAGAGCUGGACCGUGGGUCUGUGGAUCUGCUGCUUCUCCACUGGCCCUCCGACGUCAUCGCCCAGAACACACUCGGGGAAGUUUGGGGCUGCAUGGAGGGCUUUGUCCGGGACAAGCGAUGCAAGGCGCUCGGGGUCUGCAACUUCAACGAGGGCGCCCUCUUGAAACUCCUCCGGUGUUGCACGAUCCCGCCCGUGCUCAACCAGGUCGAGCGGCACCCCCUGCUGCCCCAGUUUUCCCUCCUGGAGGUUUGCGCCCGCCACAACGUGUUGGUGCAGGCGCAUACUCCCCUCGGUGGUGCCAAGAACAUCGGCGAGCUGCUGAGCCACGCGACCGUGGAACGGGUGGCCAAGGAAACGGGGCUAGCUCCGGCCCAGGUGCUCGUUCGAUGGAACCUCCAACAGGGCGUACUAGUGGUGGCCAGGUGCAGCCAGGAAGGCCACGCCAGAGAACUCCUGGCUUGCACCACCAACGAACAACACCAAACGAUCCCCGAACUUACUCCGGCCCAGAUGCAGGCACUGGACGGCUUGACCAACGACAAGAAAAAGACAAAACGAUUUGUCGCACCACCGUUUAUGUUUGGAUCCAAAGCUGUGUACUGCUGGAGUGGGCAAAAGCCUUCGUGGUAGAAAAGUGCCGUGCGAUUGUAUGGGCUGUCGUUCUGUGUAGGACAUAGAUGGGACAC